AUGAGAGCGUGCGAGAAGAGACCGAGUGGAUUUGAGGAGAUGGGACAAGGAAAGGGGAAUAGAGAGCGGUGGGGAGUGGCGGGGAGUAAGGGCGCUUGGAGGCACACAAGAGAGAGCAAGUUGCAACAAAAUAUAUUCAAAGGCCUUGCUGCCACCCAUACACUCUCGUCCAGUACCAUCUACGUCGCCCCGCCCAUCGCUCUCUCCUCGCGCGCCGCCAUCCUGCCACCAGCCUCCAUCCUCACGCUUCGCGCCAACUCGCUGGCACAUCGCAGGAGCACGCGCUGUCCCGGUCAGCGUCGUCGCGCGUCGGGGACAAGACACUGGGCUGCAACAUCCAAGUCCGCCCGGCCAGCAACGGCGAACACCACCACAACGGAUGCUGACCGGGCAUACAACGCCGCACGUUGCUGCUACUUUCACCGCUUCGAACCGUCUCCGCGUGACGCUCUUGCGAGUGUUGCGCUCCCAACGGCACGAUACAUGUUGUGCCCGCUUGGUCUUGCGUCCCGCUCACGCCCAACACACCCAGCGAGCCAUUUCGGUCAGCGCGCGCUGCUUACUGCACUUCUGGAGGUUGCGUGGCGCCUGUUUUUUUGCCGCCGCCUACGCCUGCAAGACCGCCGCUCAAUGGUUAGUGCAACUGCAAAAAGCCAAGGACCGCAGCGGGAUGAGCGGCAUUCCGCGCUUGAGCACCCUGUUGUUGCGAUUGCAUCUCGGCCGUGCAUGUGCAUAGGAGGCGAGGCGAGGUGGUCACAUCAACCCCUGUUUUCAUGCCAGACAUUUUUCUGUACCACAAAACUCACGCUCUCUACGAAGAGAUCAAUCGCGACACUCUGUAGGAGCCGGCCGCCCGUCGUUCGCAGGCUAGCCGCACCGGCACACGCUCAGACGGAAACACCGUACGACAAUGGAAGUCAGCGUGCGCGACGCGUUGGGAGGCAGCGGGCUCGCACGCUUGGCCAACGCCAGGCUAAGAAGAGCGCCGCACGAGUGCAGCACCCUUGUCCGGCAAGGAUGCGGACGCACAGCGGCUUCGCGCGACUGAACGUCGUGUCGCGCCGCGAGGCCCGCGAUGCGGCGAAUCUCUCGGUGCGUCUUGCGGCAUGUCCCUUGCACUCGGAUGACCGGGGAGGACGCGGGUCGCGCACGCAGGGCGGGCAGGGCGGCUAUGUCCAUGGGUCGAUGUGCCCGCGCUGUCUGUCGCACCGACGUCCGGCGAGCAGCGCGUCUGGUGUCCUGGACGCGACCCAGCACGAAGGGGAGACGCGGGAGACGCGAGAUCGCGACGAACCGUCGCGCCCGCAUCCGGGGGGUGUCCGUGCAAACGAGGCAAGGGGUGCACAAGCACCGGGUGCGGGAGGCAGGGAUAAUGUGCCUGGGGCGGGAAAUACGCACGGAGGAGCGGCCGGGCGGCGCAAGGCGGGCGAGGACGCAUCAGACGCGGCUGACACGGAAUCCCCAUUGGCACGUACCUCGUUCGGAGUGCAAGACGUGUGCUCACGAGCGACGUUUCGCAGCGGGUAUGCGUAUCGCUGCUCGUCUGUGGUUUUCCAAGUCCGGGUAUGUGAUGGCGCACCUGUACGCGAUGCGCGUGCUGACGAUCACGGGAGAGAGUGCACAGAGACAGCGGACGGGACAACCUUCACGGCCGGUGUUGCGCUGGACAAACAAGAGAGCAGUGAAGACGACUGUUGGCGUGCUGAGCACGGAGGCGCGGAGAGCCAGCCAGGAGAGCCAGCCAAGAGGGCGACCGAAGGCGACAAAAGACAGCAGAGAGACGCAGACGAGCGAGGACGCGGAGGACAAGUGCAAACGGGAAACGUGGAUCUGAGGGGCUCUGGCUCCGCGUGCAUACGGAGCGCCGCGGCGAACGCGACACGGGCUGCGGCUGCGGCGUGGCGGCGGUUUCGGGCGUGGCGGUCGUGUGCACGCGAAGAACGCCCGCCGCGCGCACAGCUCCAGCUCGCUCCCGCACAGCCGUCUUACCACUGUCCAGAACGGCCGCGCGCGCGCGUGCGAGAAGCCCUCUCCCUCAGGUCCUCCUUCUCCCCCAGCCCCGCAGUCCCAUCUGUCGCCUCCUUCUUCCCGAGCCUUUCCGCCGCUAGAGCCAGAGCCCGCUGCAUGCGCAGCGCCGCGGCGACGGCGACUGCGUGCGCGUCGGGCGUCGCGUCGGGUGUGUGUGGGCGUGGCGGAGUCCUCGGAUGUGGCAGAUGCGUGCAGGAGGGGCACGGGGGCCUGCUGGGCGCGCGCGCGCUCGGGGGGCUUCGGCUGGAAGCGGUGCUGAUAUCAGUCAGAGCAAGGCGGUCGGGCAAGCGUGCGGAACAAGCGCAGACGGCGAACGAAGAUUUCGAGGACCGAGGCGGGUCGCGGCUGGCGGCUGGCGCAACAUUCCACUACGUCGUAGCUUACCGACUGAGGCUUGCUAUCUUUCUGUACGGCACGAUUCAGUCCACUACAUCGUAG